AUGGGUCUUGAAGCUGAUGCGGCUUCGUGUCUUUCUCCCGCAGGCGGAACAAAUAUACGGCGACCGCUGCGCGCCAAAGAUGCGGCGCUGGGCUUACGUAACUCGGAGAAGGCCGCCCUGGAGAAAUCCGGCGACAACUAUUCCGAUCCCUCACCGGAAGCUCAACAGAAAAGUUCCAGGAACUGCAUCCCCAACUCUCUGAUACAGGCCCUACCACUUGCCAGACUCAUCCUCCGGCCCCAUUUCCAUCUUCUCUUCUCUUCUCUCUUGUGCCGCGGGCUUCUGAUUGUAUCAUAG